AUGGAUACGAUCCUUGAGUUUGCGGGGAACGUAACGCGUUUGCCGUUUGAGGAGUUCUCAGCUCCCAGUGUUAGUUUGAUCGAGCGACAGUGGAACGCCUUCUUGGAUGUGAUCGGUGAUGAUACCGACACGCUGUACAUGUGGUUCCUGACCGCGUACACGUACGGGUUCUUCUGGAUUGUCGGCGGGUUGUUCGUGCUGAUGGAUGUCAUCAAUAAGCCGCAGUUUUUGCGCAAAUUCAAAAACCAACCGGGCGUCAACGAACCGCUCGAUUGGGCAAAGCUGAAGAACCUGGUGAAAACCGUUGCCUACAACCAGCUCGUGUAUGGAUUGCCAACAUCCUAUCUGUCGUUAUACGCACGAAAGCUCACCGUCAUGAAGAUCCCAGACCCGCGCGUGCUACCAUCACCGUACAUCAUAGUACGGGACAUUAUGGUGUGCAUUGUUGCCUGGGAGAUCAUCUCCUACUACAGCCACCGGUUGCUGCAUACGAGCUUCUUUUACAAACGCGUUCACAAGAAGCACCACGAGUGGUCUGCACCGAUUGCUUGGGCGGCCCUGUACGUGCAUCCGUUCGAGUUUCUCGUCAGUGGUCAGCUUCCGGUGUUCGUCGGACCUGCCAUUAUGACCUGCCAUGUGUUCACGAUGGUCAUCUGGUUCUCGUUCGUCAUGAUGGAAACGCUGGUGGACCACUCGGGGUACCACUUGCCAGUGUUGAGCAGCUCCGAGAUGCACGACUUCCACCACCUCAAGUUCAAUCAGUGUUACGGACUGUUUGGCUGGUGGGACGGUCUGCACGGUACCGAUAGCGAGUUUCGCAAGAAGAAGCAAUACCAGCGGCACCAUCGCAUCUUCAGCUUCAAGUCGGCCCGCGAGCUCGUACCGGAGCACUAGCGCAGCGGACAUCCCGGACGUCGAGGAUGACAGGAAACCUCCGAAUCGAUCUGCGCAAUGACGACGGCGACGGCGAUGGCGGCGACCACCAAGGUUCGCCGGACGGGACUGCGGCUCCCACGUGCGUGUCUGAGUCGACUCCAAAUGGGCAUACUUAAUAUCUAAUCAAUCAUGCAGUUGCCAUCGGCCGGUAACUGCGGACGCGCUUAUAGUGCGUAACCCGGUAGCGCCGCGGUUCGCAUGCAUGGAUGUAGUAUUACGGAAUAGUAUUACCAUUACCCAUUCUUUGUCUGAGGAACUGAUUUUAAACUAGCGGUAAGCUGCGGUAGGAAUAUCGGUUAGGCUUGCACUAACCAACGGCGGGUGAUCAGUGGGUACGCGAUACCACAACAGGGCGUAGCAAAAUGGCUACGAUGCUGCGGUGCUAGAUGGGCACAAGGAUAUGUAACGAAGUAAUCGUACCAAUCAAUAAAUAAGCAAAUCAAAUA